UGAGGUCAAGUCUCGAUAUAGUCGAUCGGAAAGAGAUGAGCAUGCACGCCGUGUAGCCGGUAGCAUCCUUUGUUGUUGCUGUUGCCAUGAAGCCAGAGGUCGCCCCAUUCGCCUGGAAUCCAGUGCGAACACACGCAUAGGCUUCAUUUGGUAUGAGAACCAGGUCCUGGCGGACAGGUGAAAUCAUCCGAAAGAAAGACAAUUUCCCCGCGAACGGGUUCAAAUUUUGACUAGUUAUGUCAGCCGUCAUGAUUGUCGCAGUAACGACUCACAAGCUCUUGGCAGGAGUUCGGGAUUGUGACAGAAGCAACCCAAACCCAGUGGAACUGCUCACAGCGCCAUCAUGGAACCUCUCAAGGUCGCAUUCCUCGGCCCUGCCGCAUCAUUUUCCCACCAGGCAGCGGUUGAGAGCUUUGGGUCUUCGGCCAAAUUAGUGCCCCAUGUGUCGUUCCCGGAUGCUUUCGCGGCAGUGCAGGCAGACAAAGUCGACUACGCUAUCAUUCCUUGCGAGAAUUCAACCAACGGCUCUGUUGUCCAGACCCUGGACCUCUUGGCGGACCCAAGCGGCCUUUACAGCGAUGUGAAAGUGUGCGGGGAGCAUUAUCUGACAGUCCACCACUGUCUCCUGACUCGGAAGGGUCUGUUAUCACUAGGUCCGCAAAACUACGGCUCCAUAACCAAGCUGUAUACGCACCCACAGGCAUGGGGCCAGUGUGAGGAUUUUCUUGAAAGAACCUUCAAAGGCAUUGAAAGACAGGAUGUCUCGUCAACCUCCAAGGGCGCUGAAAUUGUGUCAAAGGGAACCACGGAGCGGAGUGGAGCUAUCGCCAGUCGCUUUGCCGCAGAGUAUCAUGGCCUGGAUGUAUCAGAGGAAAACAUCGAGGAUAAGGCCAACAACACCACGCGUUUCCUUGUGCUCAGGAAUGUGAACUCGGGGCGUACAAGUCGGCUGUCCUUUGAGGAUGUCAAAGUCUCCUCCCCUGCACAAGGCCAGGCUUCAGUUACACCAACGGCGCAGAAGACACUAAUUUCAUUCAUGAUUCGCCAGGAUUGUCCGGGUGUCUUGGCAGACGCCCUUUUGAUCUUCAAAAAUCAAGGCAUGAACCUGACGAGCAUUAACUCACGACCGAGCCAGAUAAGGGCUUGGAAGUACGUAUUCCUAGUCGAAGGCCAAUAUGUUCCGACGAAUGAAAGCCAGGGUGCGGUAUCUGGGAUAAUCGACGCAUUACAAGAGGUCACGGAGGGUUGCAGACACCUGGGAACAUGGGCAGACCAAUUCGUAUCCGUCUAACCAUCGGCAUAAGUGACAGGGUGGCGCGUGUCUGCGUUGCUUGUAUCGGCCACACUUCGUAUAGGCGCAUCCUAUCGAUACACUGAACGGGAGCAUGAGUUCUAUAAAGCAGUUCGAUUGCCAUGCAGGCCUCUUAAGUAAUGCGCUGCCAGGGUUACAGACAUCUACAGGACCUGUAGUGACACGGGAAAGGAAAGCAGUGCUGGGUUCCCUUGGUUACAAUAGGAAGCGCAUGCAGAAGCAAAAAUCACGAAGAAGAUCCAGUACUCGGAAGUAUUGGACCAAACAGUCUAAACGCACUACCCCAAGUGUUAUACGCUCGACAAUCAUCGGUGAACAGCUGUAGGUUCCACAUAACAGAUCUAUCAU